AGCUCUUAUAACUAAUCAUAAGAACAUCCAUGGCAAUGUGCCUGCAGGUACUGAACCUAAUAAUCUACACAUGCAAGGACAAUGGACUAGUAACAAUCAUAAAAACACAUCUGUCAGUUCGAAGAACAUUCCAGCACAUCAGGGGUCAGAACCUAGCAGCUCAUGGCGGACAAAGUACUCACUGGUCAAUAAGAAACCCAUCAACACAUGUGGUGAGGCACCUGCUAAUGAAUCUCGAAGUGAGAUAAUGCCUGCUAAUAGACAUAAGUUAAGCACUGUUGGCAAAUAUGUAUUGGGGGCAAGUGGAUCAGAAGGAGGUAGCUUAAGGGGCAAGUCCUCCAGAUUAGUUCAAACAAAUCCAAAAGCACAGUCUUUACUGGCUCUGAAUUCUGAGCUGGAAUUGAAACACAAUAAGCUAUUAGCACUGAAGGAAAAGUUGCACAAAGUGAAAAUGGCAAGGACAAUGGACAGAAUAGGUGCCGUUACAUCUCUCUCUGCAGAAAGGCCUACAUUGAAAAGUAUGGGGAAGCAGGGUGAAGAAGGACAAGUGUGUAAAACAGCAGAACAAAUUAGUGUUGAAGUAACAGGAAAAACCGAGGUGAGGAUUCCUCUCAGCUGUCAAAGAGCAAAGCAUGGAUUGACAAAAAUCCAACCUGUUGGGCCAAGUUACUGUGCUAGUUCUGUUCCGGAGGCAUCAAUAUGCAUGCUUCCAAAAGUUUCUGUAAAGAGUAAAACCCAUUGCAUGGAUGGUGAUACAGUCGGGGGAUUUGUGGGUGAAUUCCAGCGAGUUGUUGAGUCAAGUGAUAAUGCCCACACCGGUCCUGAACCAUCAACAGGCAAGUCACCGAAACCAUCUCUAAUGCAUAAAAUUGCUGAGUUGGACAAACGUGCCAAGAAUUAUUGUAUAACCUUUGGAAAACAGCAGAAUAUUUUGAAUUCUGCAGAUCAAAUGCCAUGCAAUUCUUCCCCAAUUAAAAAAUCUAAAUACACAUGGCAAAAAAACAAUAUUGGUACAGAUUCUGGAUGUCAGAAUGAGACUUUGACGACAGUGAGGAAGUCAGUUUCAAUUAGUGUUUCCCAGGUUCAAACACAUGUCAUCGAAGGAUCUUUGAAAUCAAAAGCUCCACUUGCACACAAAGUACCGAAGAAGCAAAGGAAUAACGCUCCUGUUUGCAGCAGAGUGUGCAAGGGAAGAAAAGCAAAGUAUGUUUGGGUUUCAAACACUGCCAGAUCAAGCCAAGCUUCUAACCAAAUGACACUGAAGUCUAUCUCACCAAAGUUGAUUAAAAGUGCCACUCGGUGUGUUGCUAUGGGAGAUGAUGGUGCAGCACCCAAUCCAAGCCUGGAGCUCAGAUGUUCAGGAAAGCUGAAAAAGACCGGGUGCUCUCACAAGAGAGGAGCAUUGUCAAACAAGUACAACUGGAAAGCAGUGGAGACUGUUUCUCCUUCAAAGUCUCUCUAUCAGUGGGAGUCACAGCACUCAUACCAGUCAGAGUCUGCAGUACAUCGGAUACGAUCUAUAGCGCCAAAGAAGGCUGAGUCUGGUGCUGACAUCCCCAAAAAGACAUUGUGUGGGCCUGGGUCUUCUCAUUACAAAGUGAAGAGCAAAACUAAAAUUAUCAGAAGAAGUGGAAGUUUGAGUUCACCGACUGAGAAGAGGAUCAGCUUUACUGGACUGCCAAUGGUAAAAAAUCGGUACUUGCUCACCAAGAAGAGCCCUGUGUGUGGAAAGUCCUCCCUAAGUCUGAAAAGGACACCUGGGAAAGGAUUUGUGCAAAUCAGUAAACACAGGCUGAGGAGGCUGCCAUUAUCAGGACUGCAUGGAACUACAAAGCAAGGAUACAGGCCCAUUUUGCUCAGUCUCUCUUCGUACGUCGGUCUUGCCUUACUUGGAACAAAUCUGGUGAACCUUCUAUGGUAAUAAUAUAUUUCCUGAGAUGAGGAGAUCAAAACUGCACACAGCACUCCAGUGCAGUCUAGCCACGCUCCUGUACAAUUGAGGCAGGACUUCACUACUUCUGUAUUCAAAUCCUCUUGCGAUAAAGACUUCUUUCUGAAACAAUGGUUCUUUAUAAUUGUACACUAUAUUUGUAUUCUGUUGUCACUUCUGGAAUCAUUUUCUAGUACAGUUACUGGACAUCAGUUAUGUAGACUGCUGAGUAGGGCUUAGUAAUUUGUGUAUCAAUCUGUUAAUAAUAAAAUGACAGAUAAAUACCAGAUGAUGGCCCACAAUGAGAUUUAAGCUUCAUGACUCUGCACUGUGUUUUGAGAGGAAAUGGCUGACAUAUUUUCAGUGUCUCCAUAUUCUCCGUGACUGAGGCUCAGAACUUGGCAAGUAAUGCUCAAAGGUGAUGAGGCCUUCAGGUCAGUAAUGCAAUGAUUUUCUCUGAAAAUCCAGCAAAACCCAUGUGAGUGAAAACUGGAGAGAGAGGAACUUAUCUAGACUGAAAGACAAAUCU